UACCGAUGGUUUUCAGUAGUUAGAGAAUCAAAAAAAAAAAUUCUUUUUUCUUUUUUCUUUUUGACAAAACCCAGAGGGAGAGGGAGAGGGAGAGGGAGAGCGACGGAAGUCAGAUAGCGAGCGAGCGAGAGAGGGAAGGGAACCUUCUUUGGGAUUGAGACUGAGAUUUGGAUUUGGAUUGGUUUUGGAAGUUUCUAUUUUCGGCACAUUAUGUCUCCUAAUCCAUCUGCUAUUACACCUGCUGUCACUGCUUUUCCUACUGUUUGGUCUUCAGGAGAGACUUGAGUAUUACAUCGGCUGCUGAUAUUUCCGUUGUGUUAAUUCCUGUGGACUAUUUUGAAGAGGCAAGAUGAGUUCUAGAAUACCAUCUCAUCAGCUUAGCAAUGGCCUCUACGUAUCAGGGAGGCCUGAGCAGCCUAAGGAGAAACCUCCAAUUAUGAGCUCUGUGGCCAUGCCCUAUACUGGUGGAGAUAUUAAGAAAUCAGGAGAGCUAGGGAAAAUGUUUGAUAUUCCUGUGGAUGGCUCCAAGUCCAAGAAGUCAGGACCUAUAACUGGUGGCAACUUGAGGUCUGGAUCUUUCGGAGGUGUUGCAUCUCAUUCUGGACCUAUCAUGCCUAAUGCUACAGCUCGCACCAUGUACACCACUUCAGGUUCUUUAUCUUCUCAAGGCAUUUCUGGUUCAGCUUCACUAAAGAAAUCAAAUUCUGGACCUCUGAGCAAGCAUGGGGAACCUGUAAAGAAGUUGUCUGGUCCACAGUCUUGUGGAGUGACACCUACUGGUCGUCAAAACUCUGGGCCUCUUCCUCCUGUACUACCUGCAACGGGCCUUAUCACAUCAGGACCCAUUUCUUCUGGCCCUCUAAAUUCGUCUGGAGCUCCACGGAAGGUUUCUGGUCCCUUAGAAUCAGUAGGAUCCUUGAAAUUACAGGGUUCUGCAGCUCACAGUCAUGCUGUGACUACUCUUACUUAUGAUGAUGAUUAUUCAUUUGCAAAGAACUUCCCAAAAAUAGUAUUAUGGUCAUUAAUUCUUCUAUUUGUGAUGGGCUUUAUUGCCGGGGGCUUUAUUCUUGGAGCUGUCCAUAAUGCGAUCCUCCUCAUUGUGGUUGUGGUUCUUUUUGGUGCUGUUUGUACACUUUUCAUUUGGAAUACUUACUGGGGAAGAAGAGCGCACAUGGGUUUCAUUUCUCGCUAUCCAGAUUCCGAACUUAGAACUGCAAAGAAUGGACAAUUUGUGAAGGUCUCUGGGGUGGUUACCUGCGGUAACAUGCCUCUUGAGUCGUCCUUCCAAAAAGUUCCUAGAUGUGUUUAUACAUCAACAAGUUUAUACGAGUAUCGUGCGUGGAGCUCCAAAGCUGCCAAUCCUACACAUCGCCGUUUUACUUGGGGGCUCAGAUCACUAGAAAGACAUGUGGUUGACUUCUACAUCUCUGAUUUUCAAUCUGGAUUAAGAGCAUUGGUUAAGACUGGUUAUGGCGCGCGAGUGACUCCUUAUGUUGACGAUCCAAUUGUUAUUGAUGUUAAUCCAGUAAACGAAGAAUUGUCACCAGAUUUCAUUAGGUGGUUAGGAGAACGAAGUCUUUCAAGUGAUGGUCGAGUAAUGCGUUUAAGAGAAGGGCAUAUCAAGGAAGGAAGCACUGUUAGUGUAAUGGGAAUUGUUCAGAGAAAUGAAAAUGUGCUGAUGAUUGUCCCUCCGCCCGAUCCAAUUGCAAGUGGGUGUGAAUGGAGCAAGUGUAUUUUUCCAGCUAGUAUUGAAGGUAUUGUUUUGCAAUGUGAAGACAUGUCGAAGAACGAUGUGAUACCUGUUUAGCAUCUCGAACACGAACUCGUUUGACUUGAAGGAAUCAUCUUUCCUCAUUUAAUAUUUGCUUUGUUGAUGUUGAUGUUGUUGGUAGGUAGGUAGGUUAGGAUUGAUGAUAAAUUGACAGAGAUUCCGACGGUUUAAGAUGGAUGUAUGGGGUGGUGGUGGUGUUUUUAGUUUUGGUGUAUAGUUUUCGAGAGUUUCUUUUCCAUGUUUUUGGUGUAGGGAAAGGGCAUGAGAAAGCUUCUUGGAAUAGGGAAUGGGCUUGGUGCUUUGUGUAUUUAAGAAGAUUGACAUCUUACUUUUAAAUAGAAUGAAAGUGUUACGUGUUUAUCGUU